GUAGUUUUGUAAUAUUUUCGUUUUAGUUUUUAGUUUUCAUUUUUCAGAGAUAGAGAGAAAAUAUAUGAAGACCAUUUAAAAAUAAGACCCUCUCUGUAAAUCCUCAAAGAGGCUUGUAAUAUGCGCUGGCUCUGGAAUGGGGUAGCCUCUCCUCCCCUAAACGUUUUACAAAAAUGAUGGUACGAAUGAUUUGGGAGAAGAAGAAUGAAUGAAACAAAUUUGUUAUUAGUUAUCAUUUUAUAUGGUAUUUGAUACCCAUUUCUUGUAACUCCCUCCUAUCAUCAUUCAUCCAUUAUUCUUCGUCCCUCCCAUUUUGUCGUAUAUUUUCUAUACUUCUCUAACACCAAAAUAAAAAAUAAAAACUAAUAUAAUUAUGUGGAGUCCACCUACAUGAAUGGGCACUUCUUGAGAGCAAGUAUGUCAUGCUCUAAAUGACUGCUAAUUCACAAGCAACCUAUAGAGACUGGCUAGAGAGCUAAGCUAGUUAAUUUGAAGAGACGUUUGCUUUGUUGUUUCGUUUGGUGGCCGGCAGAUACAUAUGGCUUCAUCUUCUUCUUCUUAUAGUUUUAAGAGCAGUUGGGUGCAAAGGUUCGUCCCUUUCUUCGUUGCGGUCUGGCUUUUCUUUAGCUAUGAUUGCCAUGGAAUAAUUGGAGCAAAUGCAGCCACAGCGCCUGUGAAAGUGAAUGGCAAUAUUUCAAAGGUGGUAGACGCAGUUAAUUUCCAUAUAUACUAUGGACAGACUUUCAAAGUCAUCAAGAAUUCCAUUGACGGCAAGAGCUACCUUCUCAUCCAGAACAAUACAAGGAUGGCAGCAAGGACAAAAUAUUGUACCUCGAGGAUCAAAUCAUUUGUUAUCCCAUUAUCAAAUUAUUCAAUCGAUGCCGAUUAUUUUCCAGUUUCCUUUUUCGAGCUCCUGGGAUUACUAGGGAGCUUGAAGGGCAUUACAUCAAACUCUGUGGCUUCUCAAUGUGUUUUGAAAUUGUAUGAAGCUGGAGAAAUUGAUUUGAUUCCCAAUGGUGAGCCAGAACAAGUAGCAAAAUUUGCAGCACAUUUCAUUACCAACAUUGACCAACCACAGGCUUGCAAUUUUGCCUCUUUUGUUCCUUAUGGAGAGGAUAACCCUUUGCAGAGAGCAGAGUGGAUCAAGUUCUUGGGAGUGUUUGCAAACGUUGAGAGCAGAGCAAAUCAAGUAUAUGAUGCAGUUACACAGAAUUAUCAAUGCUUAACCAAACUUGCGAAAAACAGGACAUCUUUCAAACCAACAGUAGCAUGGAUGGAGUACGAUAAUGAUACAUGGUCUUUUGCAAAGGAAACAUACAAAUUGAAGUAUGUGGAAGACGCAUUUGGUGAAAAUGUGGAUGAUUCUAUCAACAAGAAUACCUACAACAUCUCUAGUCCUGACGAUUUGGAUGCACUGCAUGCCAUCCUAUGUACCGUGGAUGUGGUCAUUGAUGAAACAUACACUUGGGAUCCAGUUAUGUACAAUUCCUCAACGUUUCUGCAAAAUAUAAACGUGGAAGAUCAUUCUUGUUUUGCUUUCCUCUCCAACCAAAGCAUUUGGAGAUACGAUAAAAGAGUUCAGAACUCAACUGCCCUUGACUGGUACAAUGGAGCAAUCUCCCAGCCUCAACUGGUCUUAGCAGAUCUCCUUGAAGUACUGUUCCCUACUGGAAAUUAUACAACAACAUACUUCAGGAAUAUUGCAAAGGAUGAAGGGGUUGUAAACAUAACUUCUGAAAUGUGUGACAGAGAUAUCUCCUCUGCAAUGGAGCCUACAUUACCAGCUUGUGCAUAACUUACUGGUUGCAUUUUUCUAUUUCAAUUAGUGGCCGUUGAAUUUUCCUUCUACAAGUUUUUUGACAUUCUUCUGCUCUGUUGCUUUGUUCAAUUACUUUUUUAGAAGUACAAAGGUAUAGAAGGGUUAAAUUUCUUGAAAUAUCAUUGUUAAAUCUGUUAUUGUAACAUGGCCAAAGGCCCACAUAAUACUAGUAUUAGUUUUUCUGCAAGCA